AUGGCUGCUAAGCGUCAGCGAUGUGCCGUCCUCGACGAGCCCAUGGUGCUCCCCGACCAUCUCAUAGAGCAAAUCCUCAUGCGCUUGCCGCAGAAGUCACUGAUUCGUUGCCGCUGCCUCUCCCGUGCCUGGGCCGCCACGCUCUCCUCGGGCGAUUUUGCGAACUCCUACCACCACGUAGCCAACAUCCACGGCGGCCCCAGGAUCUUUGGCGUCCAGGACUUGCUAGACGGCCAUGAGCCCAAGGUGCUCGCGCCACUUACAAGGACCCUGCGCGUUAUCACUGUGAACAGCUUCCCACGCUUCGCCAUGGAGUUGCCGCAGAUGACGGCUCUGCCGGAGGGACGGACAACGGGCCGCCGUGGUACCUCCAUAGAUUACAUAGAAAAGUAUGAGAGCCUAGGGCUCGGCUACGACGUCCACACCAAGAAACACAAAGUUGUGCGCAUCUACUACAGUGGCCAGCCCAUGUCGACGUCCAGUGGCUGUGAAGUCUUUGAGAUAAACGGCCCCACAGAAAUGUGGCGGCCGACCGGUGAGAAGCCAAUGGGUUGGAUAGACAGAGGCAGUAUCAGUGUCUUCGCGCAAGAACAUGUGUACUGGUUAGCGUACCACGAGCUCUAUCCUCGACCCAAAAGGAUAUUCAUCAUGUCCUUCUCGUUCAGAGAUGAGAAGCUUGGGACUAUACAGCCACCGCCAUUGGACACGAAGGACAUGACUCAUGAGCUGACGGAGCUUGGCGGACGACUCUGCCUUUUCACCCCCUACAAAAAUAGAUAUAACAUCUGGCUGCUGGAUCGGUAUGGACCAGGAGGAGCUACAUGGGAUCUGCGAUACCGAAUCGACAUACCACUAGAGGUCAUGCCAUGGGGGGGCAGCCCCCUCGCCAUUAUCGAUGACGGCCGACGCAUAGUCCUCACGGAAAAUUCUUGCCCUAACCAAAUAUAUGCAUACGACCCUCUCACCAAGAAGACUGAGAACCUCCUCGAUUGGUCCAUCCCUAACUCCUACUUGGGCAUAAACGGUGCUGCUGUAUACGAGGAAAGCAUCGCCUCCCCGGGACGGCAGCCUUGUAAAGAUACCGUGUUGAUCUCCUCACCGUCUACGCAGGCUCUAUGGCUGGUCCUGCAGCUACAACUCCUGCCACAACGCACAAUUGGAAGGCUUAUGUGUGUCUGCCGGAGCUGGCGCUCCAUGAUAUGUUGUCAUGUUCCCACACACUGA